CGCUAUUCACCCCCCCUCUAGCGUUGGUCUUUUAUUCUAACAAUUGGUGUCGGAGCCUAACUCGCAUCUAAACUUAACCAUUUGAGAGUAAAGCGAUCAUGGAUUCUUCUUCUAGAAAUCUUUAUGCAGGAAUUGGAGAAGGUCAAUCAACAUCUAGGCCACCGCUUUUUGAUGGCACCAACUACACAUAUUGGAAAGAGCGGAUGAGAAUUUAUAUCCGCUCAACCAACUUCCAGUUGUGGUUGGUCAUCAAAAACGGCGAAGAAACGCCAAUGAAGAAGGUAAAUGAAAAACUUGUCCCAAAGACCGAAGACGAAUUUGAUGCCGAAGACAUCAAGAAGGUGGAGAACUACGCCAAGGCAAUCAACAUGCUGUACUGUGCGGUCAAUCCUGAUGAUUAUCGCAAGAUCUCUUGCUGCACCACUGCAAAAGAAAUGUGGGACAAGCUGGAAGUCACAUAUGAAGGGCUGCCCAUCCGCGGUGACGACAUCGCAACCUAUGGUGGCGACGAUUGGAUCCUCAACAACAAGGCGGUCGUCAUUCGUGAGCUUGGGAUCACCAACUUGAUCCGCCACAGCGGCGCACCAACAAUUCACUCGGCCCCACCGGACAAGCGCCUCCUCCUCUACAUCAUCACUCGGAUUCUCCGCCCCCGGGACAGCAGCCAUACCUCGCUCUUCAACGAGGACUUGAAGGCGAUUCAUGCCAUCAUCCACGGCGCCUCCAUCAAUUGGGUGAAAUUCGUGAUGAUCCACAUGGCGGAUUGCGCCUCCAUCGCCACUGAGCGGAGCUUGCCAUACGCCUUCCUCGUCAUGGACCUCAUCAUCUCUGCCGACAUCUCCAUCGCCAGCCCAGAUACGAAGAUGACAAAGAUUUGGAUAAUUCAAGACAGCACCUUCUGGAAGAACGAUGGGAAGGCUAAACCAUCGAUGGGAAGGCAUGACCGUUGGAAGUCAUUUAAGCCGUCGUCGUCGUCGGUGCCCGGCCAAAAGCUACGCCGGCUAAAAAAGCAAUUUCCCUCCUCGACCCCUGCACUAAAGGGCUCUAGGGUUGAGUUGGGGGAGAAUAUCAUGGCUCUAUUCUAUUGCCAAGUUACCGACCAAGGGUUUGCCGACGCCACUGACAUGGUUGGCCCCUCUAUUGAAGUCCGGCAGCCCAGCAGGACCCAGACCACCUUGGAUGCCCCUCCAGGGUUUUUUACUCUUCACUUGGCUUCUUUGAAGAAGGGUCUACAGUUCCCUCUGCACUCUCUGUUUGUAGAGUUCCUCAACGAAGUGGAUUUCCUCCCUUGUCAACUAGUCCCAAAUUCACACCGGUACAUCGACGGUUACCUAAUUAAGUGUAAAGAAGUCGGGGUGGAACCCACCUUGGACCAUUUCCUUCUCACCUUCAAGCUGGCCCGAGGCCAUGGGGAUUGGGCGUCUUAUGCCAGCCUUUUCCAACGGUCGAGCAAACUUUUGACUAGCGACAAGAAGGGGUCGACCAAGGAUUGGAAACCCUUUUUUGUCUUUGUCUCCACAUGGCCCGAAUCUUCUUUCACAGGUUCUGGGCACCCAUCCUUCCAUCAUGUCCAGCCCCCCAAGUCAAACGCUACCCUCUUGUCCAUCACCAGAAAACUCUGUGGCAAGGGAUCCGUCGAGAUCAUGUCGGCGAGGACCGAGGAGUCCCUCAAAGCUUGGGCCACGUUGGGGAUGAUCGAGCUCGCCGGCCGAGAGCAAGAUCACCAAUUUGCUCUAGAUGAGGUGAGGAAAGCUGCAGAAGCUAAGCAUAUGGAGUUGCAAGGUGAGGUCACUCGCCUCGCAAGGGAACUGAGGGAAGAGAAGAGUCACUAUGCUCAACUAAAGGAAGAGAAGACCUCGUUGUCCUCUGAAGUGGGGUCAGUUUCUGCCCGGGUGGUCGAGCUGGAGGUCGAGCCCUUCAAGACUUCCCCCAAGUUCACUACGGUCGCCAUGGAGCGGAUGAGCAAGCUGGUCGUUGAGUGGCUCAAGACCGAGCCCGAAACCAAGUGGAUGGUUAGGGAAGCAAAAAAGGCAUUCCACUGUGGACUCUUCUGGGCCCAACAGGUCUUCCGUAGCAAGCUAGCUCUACUCCCCAAAGGGACUCCUCUUGCUGAUUUUGGCUUUCCCCCUCUUUGUGACACUUUCGCCGAGUUCGAUCCUUCCUCCUACAUGGAAGAGGAAAAUUCGGAUGCAUCUAAUGGAGAGGAAGAGAUGACUGUGCAGGGCGACCAGAAUGGGAAGGCUGACCAAGAGAUGAGAGCAAGCUCUACGGCAACCAAAGCGGGCAAGGGUACCAGCUCGAGUGUGUGAUCGACCCUACCUUUCUCUUUUCCUUGUAUUUUUCUUUCAAGACUUUUGAAAACUUGUGACUCUUUGAAUGUUUGUCCUUUGAGCGUGAUGCUUGCACAUUAAUAAUUGUUUUUGCCUUUU